CAUUCCCCCACCCAACACGAACUAUGAGCCUUUAUUAUAUGCAACUGCUCCACCCCAUUUUUUCCAUUUCCACACAAUCAAGUUUCCAUCCAUUGUUUCAAAAAAAAAAGGUUUCCAUCCAUGGCAGCACCUCCUUGCCAUCAGAAAACUCAUCUACUUUUUUCUUUUCACAUAACAUUAACACUCUUGCUUGUUGAAAUAUCUAGUGCAGCUCCAUUGUCUUUCAACUAUCAGCAACUCAGCAACACUGGAAAUUCCUUCAACUUUUUAGGAGAUGUCUAUAAGGACAAACAGGCCCUCCAACUCACCAGGUAUGAGAAAGAUAGUCUUGGCCGAGUCAUAUACUCCAAACAGCUCCAUCUUUGGGAUACAAACUCAAGCAAGAUCACAGAUUUCACUACCAGUUUCUCCUUCACCAUGAACACACCCAACAAGACCCAUCAUGGAGAUGGCAUCACUUUCUAUCUUGCACAGCCCAAUUUUCCUUUACCAGUUCCUAGAGAUGGCAGUGGAAUGGGUCUCGCGAGCCGUGAUCAACUGGCUAACCCAAAUUACACUAAAGAACAUCCAUUUGUAGCAGUUGAAUUUGAUACCUUUGCCAAUGACUGGGAUCCUAAAUAUCACCAUGUGGGUAUUGAUGUUAAUUCUAUCAGCACUGAUUACUCAACACAAUGGUUCACUAGCAUGGAUGAGAGAGGAUAUGAAGCUGUUGUCAGUUUCAAUUCUGAUUCAAACAAUUUAAGUGUUACCUUCACCGACUACAAGGAUAACAUCACAAUUAAACAGAACUUGUCCUGUGUGGUGAAUCUGAGAGAGGCUCUACCUGAUUGGGUUGAAUUUGGCUUUACUUCAGCAACAGGGUUCUUUUUUGAGGAACAUACUCUUGAGUCGUGGUCCUUCAACUCUAGUUUAGACUUCGAAGCGCGCAAGGACGGAAGCAAAACAGGACUGGUGGUAGGACUCAGCGUUGGUGGUGCGGGUGUUUUAAUUUGUGUUUUGGUGCUGGCUUGCUUUGUGACAUGGAAGCUGAGGAAGAGAGGCGUGGAGGGUGACUCUCGUUUUGAUCUCGCCAUGGAUAGCGAUUUCGAAAGAAGCUCUUUUCCCAGGAAGUUUUCCUAUGAAGAGCUUGCUAGAGCAACUAGCAACUUUGCAAAGGAACACAAAAUUGGAGAGGGAGGUUUUGGUGGAGUAUAUAAAGGAUUUAUCAGAAACUUGAACACCAAUGUCGCCAUUAAGAAGGUGUCUCCGGGUUCGAAACAAGGGGUGAAGGAGUAUGCAUCUGAGGUGAAGAUCAUUAGUCAACUGAGGCAUAAGAACUUGGUUCAGCUCUUUGGGUGGUGUCACCAGAAGAAUGAACUUCUACUGGUUUAUGAGUUCAUGGAAAAUGGAAGUUUAGAUUAUUAUCUGUUCAAAGGUAAAGGCCUGCUAACAUGGGCAGUGAGAUAUAACAUUGCUAGAGGCCUGGCCUCAGCUUUAUUAUACCUGCAUGAAGAGUGGGAGCAAUGUGUGCUUCAUAGAGAUAUAAAAUCAAGCAAUGUCAUGCUGGAUUCCAAUUUCAACGUGAAGCUUGGAGAUUUCGGGUUAGCCAGACUAAUGGACCAUGGGACAGAGUCAAAGACAACUGGUUUAGCAGGAACAUAUGGAUAUUUGUCUCCUGAAGCUGCUACCAGAGGCAAAGCUAGUAGAGAGUCUGAUGUGUACAGUUUUGGGGUUGUUGCUUUGGAGAUAGCAUGUGGUAGAAAGGCAAUUGAACCCAAUUUGAGUGAAGAACACAUCUACUUGGUGGAUUGGGUUUUGAAGCUCUAUGGUAAAGGUGAUCUCCUUAAAGCAGCUGAUUCAAAAUUGUAUGGAGAUUUUGAUGAGAAGGAAGUAGAGAGAUUGAUGAUAGUUGGACUUUGGUGCACUCAUGAAGAUUACCUUCAGAGGCCUGUGAUUAGGCAAGUUGCUCAUGUGCUUACUUCUGAAGUUCCUUUGCCUAUUCUCCCAUCAUCACAGGUUUCUGCUCUUACUCAAAGUUCAUCUUUGAGGCAUGUGGCUUCUAAAUCCCCUGCUUUUGAGAAUAACCAAUCUGGGACCUCAACUUCAAGCAAUAGUUCAAUCACUCGGUCCUCACAAUCCAGCACAGCUUUUGAAGUCAUAUCUCCAUCAGCUGCACUCUUACGUACAUACUAAGCGCAUGCUUGGAAACUCGUUUGAAAACCACGAUGAAACCAAAAUCAUUGAGGACAUAAGUGACUUCGUUAGUUUUUGUUUUCGUAUACCAUGAUUUUGAGGGUUUCGAACAAGUUUCCAGACAUGUAUUAAGCUUGAUAAGCAUUCUUUUGUUCUUGAAGUGAAGAAGUUCUACACCAGUGUCAUUAAAAUCUUUAGCUUUGUUAUUUUACUGGUGUAAUGCAUUUUAUUGCUGCAACUUCAAGUUUAAAACUCACCUAGCAAAUGUGUCACAUGCCUAAAAGAAGCAUGGAGUGAGAUUAUCCCGAAAGUUCAAGUUGUUCGAUGAUAACACAUGUACACAUGAAUGAUUUUAUAUUAUACUCAUAAGAUAUAUGUGAUCUCUCUUUUUUGUUGAA